CCCAGCCGAAGAAACGCAACCAAAGAAGCUGCCAGUCCUCAGAAAAGGCUCCUCAAAGUUCCUUCCAUCCUCAAGCCAGUAAACUCAAACUAAAGCCAAAUGACUGCCAACAGUUUGCUGGGAAGGUCCAUACUCAAUGAAGGACGCUCAAACAAGCGCUCAUUUGUGUCCCUCAUCGUGGGUCUGAUCGUGGGCUUCUGCCUGGCGGAGCUGUUUGUCUACUCCACGCCGGAGCGGAGUGAGUUUAUGCCAUACGAUGGCCAUCGGCACGGCGACGUGAACGAUGCCCAUCACAGCCACGACAUGAUGGAGAUGUCCGGGCCGGAACAGGACGUGGGUGGACACGAGCACGUGCACGAGAACUCGACCAUUGCGGAGCGACUGUAUAGCGAGGUGCGGGUGCUCUGCUGGAUCAUGACUAAUCCGAGCAAUCAUCAGAAGAAGGCGCGCCACGUGAAGCGCACCUGGGGCAAGCGGUGCAACAAGCUGAUCUUCAUGAGCUCCGCCAAGGACGACGAGCUGGACGCAGUGGCUCUGCCCGUGGGCGAGGGUCGCAACAACCUGUGGGGCAAGACGAAAGAGGCGUACAAGUACAUCUACGAGCACCACAUCAACGACGCCGACUGGUUCCUCAAGGCGGACGAUGACACGUACACGAUAGUGGAGAACAUGCGGUACAUGCUGUAUCCGUACAAUCCGGAAACUCCAGUCUACUUCGGCUGCAAGUUCAAGCCGUACGUGAAACAAGGCUACAUGUCCGGCGGUGCCGGAUACGUCCUCAGCCGAGAGGCUGUGCGUCGCUUUGUGGUCGAAGCCCUGCCCAAUCCGAAGCUGUGCAAGGCGGACAACUCGGGUGCCGAGGACGUCGAGAUUGGCAAGUGCCUGCAGAAUGUAAACGUGCUCGCUGGGGACUCGCGAGACUCAAAUGGUCGGGGUCGCUUCUUUCCAUUUGUUCCGGAGCACCAUUUGAUUCCAUCGCACACGGACAAGAAGUUCUGGUACUGGCAGUACAUCUUCUACAAGACGGAUGAGGGUCUCGACUGCUGCUCGGACAAUGCCAUAUCCUUCCACUACGUCUCUCCCAAUCAAAUGUAUGUGCUGGACUAUCUGAUCUACCAUCUGAGACCGUACGGCAUCAUAAACACACCCGAAGCAUUGCCCAAUAAGCUGGCCGUGGGCGAACUGAUGCCGGAGAUUAAGGAGCAAGUGACGGAAAGUUCGAGUGAUGGGGUCUCCAAGAGAUCCGCCGAGACAAAGACGCAAUAAUAGAGACACACGGGUAGACUCUUCAAUGUACAUAUAGCUUUUGUAUAUAUGAAUAGAUAAUUGUGUAAUCCUACAUGAUAAAUCGCUGCAAGCUAUCCUAGCAAUGCCAUUACCACUUCCAUUAAUCAACUUUAUGUCGUCGGUCCAUUUAUCCACAUCCCGAAAGGUUUCGUUUUGGGCUCUAUUGUAGAGCUCGUUCCUUUUGUACAAAUACCAAAACUAGGUAUAAUUUAGUUACGUUACUGUAGUUUAUAAUUAAAUCUAGGUUGUAAUUAUAACCGUAUAAAGUCAUCACUAAUAGGGCGCAUUUACUAUUGCAUUCUGGUUUUCCGUCACUAAGUUGGCCAUUAAGUCUUAUACAUAUGUAGUUGUAUAUUUAAUCUCCUUUGUGAUUGAGAUUGUUACGUAUUAUAGAUCUUAAUCUUCUACAUGUAUUGAAUAAAAUGCUAAUGUAUUACAACGGA